AUCCAGUCUGUGCGGUGCAAGGUUAGUUAACAGCAGCCUAGAGAUAGACCUAGAUCUUCCAUGGAAGACUGUUAUGACGCACAGGCAAACGACCAGAUAGUGCCGGGGCCCAGCCCCCCAUACAGUCAACCUGUCUGGACUGGAAUGUGAAGGUGGACUCUAUAUUAUGGAGAUCCAUAAUCAAGCCUGGAAAGGCAAACUUUUAAAAUGAUGGCAUUAGAUGAACACACAGCUUCUCCUGGAUUUGCAAGAGAAAGUCUUUGGCCUUAAGAAGAUGCUUGUCAGAUGUUUUAAGCACAUCUGGCCUCAGCAUAUAUUCAUCUGAAUGCUGGAAAUCCUUGGUCCCCAUAUUGUUGUUCUGUGGCAUUUUGCUGGCUAUGGUGGCACUCUCUCAGGUGGAUAGACUGCGCAGUUUUGUCUGUGGAAUUUUCAUUCCUCAAUACCACUAUCCCUAUGCAGUGCCACUCACCUUUGUACAGGUCCUGAUCAUCUCCCUGCCGUUGCUGGCCUUGCACGGCGUGGGCCUGAUCUCUCUGCGGCCGUACUCCCUCAGACUCGGGGAACGCAUGCUGGUGCCCACUGUGUGUGGCAGUGCCCAGGCUGUGCUGGAGCUCUGGGCGAAGGCCAGUGCCCACUCGGGACUUUACCCUCUCUUCACAUGCCUGCUGCCUGUCUUAAGUGUGGUAUGGAGUCGCGUCCUGUCGCUGACAGCAAAACCCUCUCUCUACCAGUCAUGUUUACUGGCCGGGGUCACUCUCGGUGCAAUCACUAUAACAGUUGCAAAGGGCAUAUAUUUAGUGGAGACGCUGGAGUGGGUGUACUCGCCUCUUAGUGUGCUGCUGCACAGCCUCUCCCUCGCCUGGAUGGCCAAAGUUGCAGAAGCUGAACGGGGCCACUUGACCGUGUUUGACUGCCACUUUUCCCUGGUGGUGACGCGCUGCAUGGUGCUGGGCUUCCUGUGCCUGCUGCACCCGGAUGGUCCUAGAGCACUGGAAGAGGGUAACUGGCACAGUCUGCUCUUCCUGGGCUACCUACUGGCCAUCCUCCUGCUUGGAGCUCUACAGCACCUCCUUAUUGACAUGACUGCACUGUACUUCUCACCUCUGGCAGCUGCCUUGCUUUACGCUGCUCGAGAGUUGGCUCGUCCCUUUUAUAGUCUGUUGUAAAAGGGAUGGAGGACAAAGAUAAUGUUUAUGGAGCUUUUAUACAAUAAUGCACAGCAAAAGGUCCAAAGCUAAACAACGAUUGGUUUCUUAACAAAGAGAGUGUUGAAAUGUCAAUACUUGGUGAAUGUUGAUGAAUCAAUCAGAAUUUGACAAGUGUACAGAGCUGAUAUGUUUUCUGGAGUAUGUCAGUGGUGAUGUACACUGGUCAUUGCUACCUUCCUGCUACACACUUCUCGUAUCUCUGAAUGUUACACACUCCAAUCACACUGAUGGCUUUGUGGCACAAACACAAAAUGCAUGACAUCUGGGAAGGAGUAAUAAGAGAUUUUGACUUGCAUUAUACACAAAGUACUUUCAAAAGUGUGUAACUACAUGUAGAGAUGGAGUUGGAAAUUUUCACAUUCUGAAUUCUUUCGCUGGCAGAAAGCAGAGUCUGAGCCUGAAGCCUAAGCUAGAACAUAGGGACUACUGCAGGUUAUAAGUAGAUAUGAAGUGUAACUGGCAGGUAUAGACAGAAUUCAAGAGGUGUUUAAACAUACCAAACCCAAUUUGAAAAAAGUUUUCGACAUUUUACCACAGGUAUUAAUAGUGCUAUUGACCAUUGUCUGUUUUCGCUUAAUAAUUUAGCCAAAUCUGCUCGAGCAUGAGAUAACCCAAGGUACUGGUCCAAAUGUACUGUUUCAAAGGAAUGCUCUGGUAGAUAACAAAC